AAAGUACGGGAACUCAAUUAGAGUAAGCGAUUGGUUCCUCUGCUUCAACGACGGAUAACAAUGGCGGAUCCUUCCUCUCCUCCUCCGUCGUCUCCCUUCCCUCUUCUCUUAUCCUCCGUCACGCCAUUCCUUCUCCAUGCAAGAGCUUCCGCCAACUCCUUCCUCUCUCAGUACGAGCCCCUGGCUCUGCUCGUCGGACCUCUGCUCGCUCUCAUCGUGGCCCGGACUCUCCGGUCGCUUAUCGGCGUUGUGCAGGAGCAAGGACUCAAAGCCACUCUCCUUGGCAUCUUCAUGAGCUGUAUCAAGUUGGUGCCUGCCGUGAAGCGUCACAUCGAUGCAGAGAAACAGAAGGUGGUGGAUAAGAUGCAAUCUGGCGGUAAAUCUAAGAGAGAAGGCUGGCGAACCAUGUUGCCCGCGCUAGGCUUAGGAAACGGCGUCAUUGACUUAUUGAAAGAAGAGAAAAGAAAUGAUGUGGCAUGGCAAGGCAAAUGUUCUGGUACAGUGUACAUCGGAGGAAAUGAAUGUGAAGGACACUUUUCAUUGAUAAAUGAGGCAUGCUCAAUGUUUUCACACACCAACCCCUUGCAUUUGGAUGUCUUCCAGAGUGUUGUUAGAUUUGAGGCAGAGGUUGUUGCAAUGACUGCCGCUUUAUUGGGCAGCCAAGAAAAAGCUUCGGGAGGACAGGUUUGUGGGAACAUGACAUCUGGAGGAACAGAGAGUAUAUUAUUAGCAGUAAAAACAUCACGUGAUUAUAUGAAAGCUACAAAGGGGAUUACCUCACCCGAAAUGAUAAUACCAGUCUCUGCACAUUCAGCAUAUGAUAAAGCUGCACAGUAUUUUAACAUAAAGCUAUGGCGUGUUCCUGUGAAUAAAGAUUUCCAAGCCGAUGUAAAAGCAAUCAGACGGCAUAUUAACAGAAACACUAUUCUGAUUGUUGGAUCUGCACCUGGUUUUCCUCAUGGAAUUAUUGAUCCCAUCGAGGAGCUUGGUGCAUUGGCUUCUAGUUACAACAUCUGUUUUCAUGUUGACCUUUGCCUUGGUGGAUUCGUAUUACCUUUUGCUUGUAAACUUGGGUAUCCGAUUCCUACUUUUGAUUUUUCUGUCAAAGGAGUAACCUCCAUAUCAGUAGAUGUGCAUAAAUAUGGAUUGGCUCCUAAAGGAACCAGUAUAGUCCUGUACAGGAAUCAUGAUAUUAGGAAGCAUCAAUUUGUUGCUGUCACUGAGUGGUCUGGAGGGCUAUAUGUUUCUCCCACUGUAGCUGGGAGCAGACCCGGAGGUCUGAUUGCUGGGGCAUGGGCAGCAAUGAUGUCUCUAGGGCAAGAAGGGUACUUGCAGAACACAAAAGAGAUAAUGGAAGCAUCAAAGAAAAUCCAGAGAGGAGUCGAAGAAAUUCAAGAGUUAUUCGUGGUGGGGAAGCCAGACAUGACGCUUGUAGCCUUCGGAUCUGAUUUUCUUGACAUAUUUGAAGUUAAUGAUGUCAUGUCAUCCAAAGGCUGGCAUUUGAAUGCAUUGCAGAGACCCAACAGCAUUCAUAUUUGUGUGACCCUGCAACACGUUCCAGUCGUUGACAACUUCAUCAAGGAUUUAUGGGAAUCAGUACAGACUGUAAAAGCAAACCCGGGUCCAAUAAGCGGAGGGCUUGCUCCCAUCUAUGGGGCUGCGGGAAGGAUGCCAGACAGGGGCAUGGUCAAUGAACUGCUCGUGAGUUACAUGGACAGUGCUUGCUAGAGGCUCUAAGCUUGGGGCAGUGCCCUAACUAUCUGUGAAUUCAUAUUUAUGUCUGACUUGAUGAAUUGAUUUGUGACGAGAAGAACUAUCUAAAAUAAUUAACUUAAUCGCUAGAUGUGCUUCAGCUCGUAAUGAUGUUCUUCUGCCGAAAAUAACUGUAUACUGUUCCGUACAAGCCAAGGUAUGGCUCCAGAGAUCUGCUUGUUUCUCACAAUAAGAUUUAACUUGAUGAUAUA